GUUUAUAGCGCUGACUAUACUUUGAAGGUCAUGGGUGCGAAGUCAAAGCCUUCUCCCGCAGGGAAGCCGUUGAUGGGAUAUGAAGAAAUAGUAGUUCAAGAAGAUGAUUCUAGGUGCUGUUCGUGUACACCAAGUUGGGUUAAAACGUUUCUGAUAUUUUUCACUGCGAUUAUCCUGUUAAUUGCACUAGCUUUAAUUGGACUGGGUGUUUUCCUCCUUGUUAUUCGCUCACCGUUUGUACCUGUAUUGCUAGGUGAAGUGGCAUACUUAAGUCACUUCCUUAUGUUCGUUGUUGGGGGUCUUCUACUCAUAGUUUGCAUAAUCGGAUUUGUCGGCGUUUCUAACGGAAAAUCUACUCUACUUCUAACAUUUGCAUGGAUGCUUUUCAUCAUCUUGUUGAUCCAGUUCAUUACUGGUGUUCUAGCUCUAUGCUUUUCAAAUGUCCUUACUGAAUGGCUUGCUGACAGAUUAAUGUUUACUAUGCAGACACAGUAUUAUCACGAUACUGAUGAUGUUGAUGCUGCCGUAGAUCAAAUACAACAAAAGUUUAAGUGUUGCGGAUCGCGAACUUUUCGAGACUGGAGUGAAAGCGUCUUCCAAAAUAAUUCCAAGCAAAAAGAUAACUUACCGUAUCCUGAAUAUUCCUUGGUUGUCCCUGAUUCUUGCUGUGUAAGAUCAGUUAAAAACUGUGGUAAACUACCACACCCAUCAAAUGUGUACUACGAGGGGUGUAUGGAAUCAAUACUUCUUAAUCUACGUGAACAAUACUACAUAAUCUGCGUGGUAGCACUUGCACUUGUUUUUGUCGAGUUUUUCGGUGUGAUAUUAGCUUGCUGCUAUUCGAAGGCGCCAAAGAUGAACCAGUGAAAUAUUAUGCACUCAGACCAUCAUUAAACAAAUAGCUUCUUUUUUGAACAAUUUUAUUCGCAGUUAUUAUUAAUGUACAGC